GCGGGGCGCGCGCUGCCCGUUCCGCGCCCCGGCCCCGCCCGCAGCGGCGCCCCUCGAACCCCCGAAAAAAAAACCUUUUUAUUUUUUCCUUUAACGGUUUCUAGACCUCCCUUUUUUUUUUUUUUUUUUUUUUUUUUUUUUUUUUUUACGACGCCCCUUUUUCACAAGGUGUCCUGGGCGGUGCUCGCCCUCGCUGUCUGUCGCGGUGUGAAGCAUCUGACUUGAGCUGCGCAAUUAAAAGCGAAUUUUAAAUGAGCUCGAUUGCGCACAUUUCAGAUCCUUCGGGAGUGGCAGGAAUCCUGGCUGUGCUGUCCUGUGGUGCGUCAUUUUUUUAUUCAGCGAGCUCUUUUAUGUGUGUGAGAGCACUGAAAUCCCCACAGCGCCGUGCUAAAACGGGGGUCUUUGUUCGAGUACCUUACGGUGGAAUAAAACAGAUUGCAGGAACUCACCUGACUGACCUUCUCCCAGAUUUGGCUUCUGGACUCUUAUUUUCUUGGCCAUGGCUACUUCUGAUAUCCAAGUGAAGGAGCUGGAGAAGCGAGCCUCUGGGCAGGCCUUUGAGCUGAUCCUCAGCCCCCGCUCGAAAGAAGCUGUGCCAGAGUUCCCUCUGUCUCCCCCAAAGAAGAAGGAUGUGUCAUUGGAGGAGAUCCAGAAGAAGUUGGAAGCGGCAGAGGAGAGACGCAAGUCCCACGAGGCAGAGGUGCUGAAGCAGCUGGCAGAGAAGCGGGAGCACGAGAAGGAGGUGCUGCAGAAAGCCAUCGAGGAGAACAACAACUUCAGCAAAAUGGCAGAGGAGAAGCUGACCCACAAAAUGGAAGCCAACAAAGAGAACCGUGAGGCACAAAUGGCCGCCAAGCUGGAGCGCUUGCGGGAGAAGGACAAGCAUGUGGAAGAGGUUCGAAAGAACAAAGAAGGGAAAGACCCUGGCGAGGCCGAGACCGACUGACUCCAUUCUGGAAACUGACUCUCCCCCUCCUCCAAAUAUCCAAAGACUGUACUGGCCAGUGGUUUUAUCUUUGGUUUUGGUUCGGUUAUAUAUAUAUUUUUUUUUAAGUUUCUUAGAAACUGAUGUAGAACUGUAAAAUUAGAUCCAAACUGUACACUUGCUUUGGGGGCUAGAGGGGAGACCUUCCAUGUGUCACUUUUCUAAAGUGUUGUCUUUCCAGUGUAGCUUUUUCUUCUUGUUGCAUCCUUUUCUAUGCCAGUGCACUCGCUCCUGGGUUGAUAGCAAGUACUGUAUCAGCUCUGUAAGACCUUUGUGCAAGGAAUCUGUAAUAACUGUUCCAUGCUGAAUAUCUGUUACACUUCAAACAAAACUCUCUGACUGUCCAGUCUGCUAAAAUACUGCUGUAACCGAGUGACUCAAUAAAGCUGCACAGUGCUGUUA